AUGCUGAGAACAGUGGCUGGCCGCCUGGCGCGACGGCCAUGGAGAUUUGUCUUUCCCGGCCUCCUAUUCUUCUUCUUCUUCUACUCUCUCUCGCACCGCACAGGGUCGCGUACACAGGGGCCCGUACACAAGGCCAAGACCAAGUCGUUUUUUCCGCCUCUGGAGACAAAAGCCGCCAACUCGAUUGAGCUCGACUACUGCAAGAAUUUCCCAACCAAGCUGCUCGAAGAAGUGCAGGUCGUACUCAAGGUGGCCUCGGACGGCGCACACGAAACAAAAGCGCAUCUCAACACGGUUUCGAGCUGCAUCACCAACCUGAUCAUAGUCGGCGACAGGGACGAGCGACUAGGUGACCGACAGGUCAUUGAUAUUCUAGCGGAGCUGCCCAAGAGUUACCAAAAGGACAACCUCGAUUUUGAGGCCUAUGUCGCGCAGAAAAAGGCACACGAAGGGGGCGAGACAGUCAAGGGACAACAGCGGUCGUUCAAGCUCGACCGUUUCAAGUACCUGCCCAUGGUUGAUAAGGCAUACAUCACCAACCCAACGGCCAAGUGGUUUGUCUUUGUCGAGUCAGACGUCUACUUUUUCUGGGACACGCUAUUCAGACUAUUGAGCCAGCUGGACCCCUCGGAGCCUCAUUACAUGGGCGAACCGCACAAAGGCUCUGAAGGCCGGCAAUUCGCCUACGGCGGGGCGGGCAUCGUCCUCUCACAGGGUCUGGUAAAGAAACUCAUCCCUGCCAAAACGGUUGGAUCGACAGAAAUUCCGCGCGAAAAUCGCCUGAGCGUCCGAUAUGAGAACUGGGUCAAGGAAGAGCAGCGCGGUGACGCUGUACUAGCCUACGCCAUCCAGAACGCGACAGGACACAAGAUAGCGCCUAUGCACCCCACAUUUGCAAGCGAUAAGGUCAAAGAUGUCGUCACUACAAAGGAGAGGUGGUGUGUCCCCAUGCUUUCGCUGCACCAGGUCAAGCCGCAGCAGAUGGAGGAUCUUUGGAAGUGGGAGCGGACCCGACCAUACAACACUAAACCGUUUACCUACUCAUCAUUUCUCUCGUACACACACGCCUUCCUCUCCCAAGGUCCCAGCCGCGAAUGGUGGGAUAAUCUCUCGACCGCACCCGUCCCUAACGACCGCCCUGCGCACCACAACGCCGGUUCUUGUGGUUCCGAAUGCGCCAAUGACAACAAUUGUUUACAAUGGUCAUAUUCACAGACGGUCUGCCGCCAUGCCGACUACAUCAAGCUUGGUGACGCGGUAGAUCGAGAGAAUGGCGGACAGGGUGAAUUUGUCAGCGGUUGGGAUACUGCAAAGCUGCGCGCAAUGGGAUUUGGAGUCGAGGGAGAAAAUGGACAGCGAGAGUUCUACGCAGGCUGUGAGGAGGCUACCUGGCUUACUCCAAAGGCAGGUUAG